AUGAAGAUAUUUGUGAAAACUCUCAAGGGGAUCCACUUCGAGAUCGAAGUAAAACCCGAGGAUUCGGUUGCUGAUGUGAAGAAGAACAUAGAGACUGUGCAGGGAGCAGAUGUAUAUCCUGCUGCGAAACAGAUGCUUAUUCACCAAGGGAAAGUGCUUAAAGAUGAGACCACAAUUGAGGAGAACAAAGUUGCUGAGAACAGUUUCAUUGUAAUUAUGAUGACCAAGAGUAAACCUGCUUCAACUGGAGCGUCUAGUGCAUCUGCUGGCCCUACUGCGCAGGCCAAGUCGAUACCUACUUCAUCAACACAGCCUUCAACUUCCCCUCCCACUCCGGCUUCUGUAGCAAUAUCUGAGGGUGAUGUUUACGGACAAGCAGCAUCAACUCUGGCUGCUGGAAGUAAUUUAGAGAGUACUAUUCAGCAGAUUCUUGACAUGGGUGGAGGAAGCUGGGAUCGUGACACUGUUGUCCGUGCACUCCGUGCUGCAUUUAACAACCCUGAAAGAGCUGUGGAAUAUCUUUACUCAGGGAUCCCUGAGCAAGCUGAAGUUCCACCAGUUGCCCGUGCCCCAACUAGUGGUGGACAGCCAGCAAAUCCUCCAGCACAGACUCAGCAACCUGCAGCGGCACCUGCAACUGGUCCUAAUGCAAAUCCGUUAGAUCUCUUCCCACAGGGCUUGCCAAAUGUUGGAGCAAAUCCUGGUGCCGGAUCACUUGACUUCCUGCGCAACAGCCAACAGUUCCAAGCUCUGCGAGCGAUGGUGCAAGCAAACCCUCAAGUUCUGCAGCCUAUGCUUCAAGAAUUGGGAAAGCAAAACCCAAACUUGAUGCGGUUGAUUCAAGAUCAUCAAGCUGACUUCUUACGCUUAAUCAAUGAACCCGUUGAAGGAGGGGGAGAAAGUGGCAACCUCUUUGGGCAAUUGGCGGCGGGAAUGCAACAGCCACAGGCGAUCCAAGUCACACCUGAGGAACGUGAUGCAAUCGAACGGCUGGAAGCAAUGGGAUUCGAAAGAUCGUUGGUGUUGGAAGUGUUCUUUGCGUGCAACAAGAACGAAGAGUUGGCUGCAAACUAUCUUCUAGAUCACAUGCAUGAGUUUGAGGAAUAG